AUGGACGCUGGGAAAGACAGCACUCUGCUGCUGGCACACAAGAUUGCCGGCAAGCAGAUCGUAGCGAGUGAGCUAAUCUGUGAUGGUAUCGAUUACUUCAAACGCAUCUCUGCGGAAGUUCCAGAGCUGGUCAAGCGCGAGGGGCAUGAAUAUCUGAAAGGCAAGAAACCGUCUGUUGCGGGGAACGCCGUGUUUCUUGGUCUGAUGUCUUUUUUCCUCCUCUUCCACCUGAUCUAUGGUUUCUACAACAAACACAGGUGGUUUGCAGUCUCGUGGACCAUCGGGCUAGCUCUCGAGUUUGUCGGAUACUUGGGACGUAUUCUGCUGCACGGACAGAUGUCAUCGUUCAAUUACUAUGUGAUGCAGAUGGUCGGUUUGACAAUUGCACCCUGUUUCCUGAUGGCUGGUAUAUACUACCUGCUUGCUCAGGUGACCACAGUAGUCUCUCCUCGUCUGUCUCUGCUCCGUCCCAAUCAGUACACCUUUGUGUUCAUCGGGUGCGAUGUGCUGGCCAUCUUGCUGCAGUCUGCAGGAGGUGGACUCUCGUCGUCCAAUGCCGGCAACAGCUACCAGACCGGAAAGUCCAUUUUAAUUGCUGGCUUGAUUGUCCAGGUCGUUUCCAUGUUCUUCUUUCAGCUGUGCUGGUAUUCGUUCAUUUUCAGGUGGCGCAGGGAACACAACCGCCAUGGGGACGCCCACUUUGUCCCAGAAUACGCGGCCGUGAGACAGAGAAACAUAUUCACAAUUUUCCCUUACCUGGUCAGUAUUGCGGUCCUCCUCAUCUUCAUUCGCUCGAUAUACAGGAUCGCAGAGCUGUUUGACGGGUUCGACAGCAACCUUGCAACCAACGAAACCAUUUUUUUCAUCUUCGAAUCCGCCAUGAUGACAGGCGCAUGUUUAAUCCUCACCAUCGACCAUCCGGCAACCGCGUACGGAGGGCUGGUCAAGAUCGACCACAGCAUGAAGGCUGUGUUCAGCAUGGCCAACCAAGAGGCAGAUUUGCUCCGCAAAGAGGAAAGUGAAAUCCGCAUUCUGUGA